AUGAAUUUCAGAUCUCUGAACUUGGUCCAUCUGGAUCUUACAAGUUUGCAGUCUAAAUUUUUGACAAACUUGAAGUACAUCAUCAAUGAACUGAUUCAUAUUCAGAAUCAUAGUUUGUGUAGGCGACCGAUAGCGAGACGCGACUGA